AUGCCCUCAAUCAAGAACGUGGCCCUAGCAGGAGCUAGCGGCAACGUAGGCAGCCAAGUGCUGAACGCCCUGCUCGCCCAAAGCUUCACCGUCACUAUCCUGACGCGCAAGCCUGCAACCGCAACCGCAACCCCCUUCCCCGCCGCAGCCACCGUCAAGCAAGUCGACUUCACCUCUCCCGCCUCCCUCACCGCAGCCCUAGCAGGCCAAGACGCCGUAAUCGACACGACCUUUUCCCCAGAAAUCGACACCCCGCUCCGACUCAUCGACGCUGCCGCCGCAGCCGGCGUCUCUCGUUUCAUAACAAGCGACUUCGGCCUUGACCCCACCAAUCCCGGAAUCCACGCCCUCCCCGUCUUCGCCCGCAAAAAGGCUGCCUACGAAGCCGUGCAACGCCACGCCGCCGCCUCUACACUAACCUACACCGUCGUCGCCUGCGGGGUCUUCCUGGACUGGGCGCUAGCCUCUGGGUUCGCAGGGCUGGACCUCACAGCCCGGAAAAUUCGAAUCUUUGGGGACGGGGACAACGUCGUCCCCUGGACGACGCUGGCGGAUGUGGGCCGCGCCACGGCGGCGGUGCUGCUGCACCCGCAGGAGACGCGCAAUCGGGUUGUGUAUGUGCAUUCGGUUUAUUUGUCUCAGAGGGAGUUGGUGAGGGUGGUGAAGAAGGUGCUUGGGGCGGAAAGGUGGGAGGAGACAAGGGAGAGGGAUAUGCGGGGUUUGAUGGAGGAGGCGGUGGCGGAUCUUAGGGAGGGGCGAGGGGUGACGGCUGCUACGUUUGAGGUGCAGAUUCAGUAUUGCGUGGCUACGCGGGAGUUGGCGCAUCCGUGGGAGAGGGAUGAUAGUGCGUUGUUGGGGGUGAGGGAGUGGGGGGUGGAGGAGGUGGAGGUGUUGGUUGGGAGGGUUGCGCGGGGAUUGUGA